AUGGCGAGCGAUAAUGAAUGUGAGACGGGCGUUAUCAUCUGCGGCUGUGGGCCGACUGGCGCCCUACUCUCAGUACUGUUGGGUCAACAUCACGUUCCUCAUGUAGUACUCGAGAAGGAGCCUGAUGUUGUAGAGGAUCCGCGAGGUAUUGGCCUCGAUGAGGAGGGUAUCCGCUAUUUGCAGGCCUGUGGUAUAUAUGAGAAGAUCUUUACCGACAUUGGGCACAGCCAGGAGACGUUCAUGUUCAUAGGUGGGUCCAAGAAGGACCUUAGUGCAAGGCCCUUCAUGGAUAUGACAUACGGCACGACAGAAGGUGGUACUGGCCAUCCUGGCUUCAUGUGCCACAACCAGCCAGUCAUGGAGAAACAUCUACGGUCACGAAUCGAAGAGCUCAAGGUUGGCGAACUCCGUGUCGGUUGUCGCGUGAUAUCCAUACGAGAAGACGACGAAUGGGUUUACGUCCAAUAUGUCGACGAUCGUGACCACCAAAAGUCGAUCCGAGCCAGGUUUCUCGUUGGCGCUGAUGGAAAAACUGGAUUUACACGAAAGCAAUAUCUCGAACCUCGCGGGGUCCAACUGGAGAAAUUGGUGGACAUGACCUACGAAGAAGACUGGGUGGCCAUAAACUGGAGAAUAUCACUCCCGACACCAGAUACACACCCCGAUUUCCCGCUUUGGGAGAAGGGAUACACACCACAACAGGUAUACGACGAGUUUUUCCCCACUAACUUCCGUUUUUUGUGCAAUCCCCAACGAUCUGCAGUUUGCGGACGCUUCGGUCUUCCUAAGGACCGACUCUGGAGAUUUGAAUUCGUUGUGUUAAAUGGCGAGAGUCCGCAAGAGAUGGCGACCUUUCAGAAAAUGGCCGAGGUUGUAUACCCCUACAUCACUCAUCCAGGAAAGCGCCAUGGAAUAACAGCAGCUGAGGUAAGAUUCCCGUCGGAUUGCAUCGAGGUCAUGCGAUGUCAGCCAUUUCGUUUCUCUGCCAGAAGCUGUAACAGAUGGUCUCUUGACCGGACCAUUCUCUGCGGCGAUGCAGCACACGUAUUUCCUCCGUUCGGGGCCCAGGGUAUCUCAUCCGGCUUCAGAGAUGCCAUCUCUUUGGCAUGGCGGCUGCGCCUGGCGAUACAACACUCGGAAAGUACAUCUCACCAAGAUCCGAAGAUGGACCAUCGUCAACUUUUCGAGGGCUGGUACUCGGAGCGGAAGCAGCAGCUUGACGCAUCUCUGCGAGCGACGAUUGAGAAUGGGGCCUACGUCACAGAGUCGGACAGUCUCAAGGUCUUUCUGAGAGACUGGUUUCUGUGGCUAGUGCAGAUGAUUCCCAGUUGGAAGCAUUGGCUCCAGCUGGGCGGCCGGCGGGAUGGCAUGAUACAGUAUCGAUGGGAAGACGGUCGAGGCAUGGCCUUUCUGCCCAGUCUCGGCGGUGGUGGAUGCUUCCCGCAAGUCUAUGCUGCAGUUGUGGGCGGCACAGGCAAGGUCUCAUUUACCGACGACAUCAUCUUCUCGCCGUCCAAGCAGGGUCUGUUUCAAUUGGUCGUGCUGGCCAAAGCUGCUGCCGAGCUUGAUGAACUCGAGCCUUCUCUCGCUGGCCUCAAGGAGAAAAGCAAUGGAGCGUUGCUUCCGGGAGAGGUCUCCAUAUUUGCAGAGGAUUCAUUUGGCACUUCGGUAAGACCUAACGGGCGAGUCGUCUAUCGAUUCGCUACGGGAGACCAGUUUGCGAAUGACCCGCUGUGCGCCGGAAGAUUCAAGCCGGUGGGGUAUGAUCGUCACCAGAUGGCAAAGGCUGCCAGAGGCAACAAGUUCGUAGUGCUUCGUCCGGACAGGUUUGUCUUUGCCGCCUGUAGUACGACGAAGGAACUUCAUGAGGUCGCAGGAAGAAUCGGGCAUCUUGUUGUCAGGGGGGGACUGUAG